GUGGAAUCAAAAACCGCCAUUAUUACCAAUCUUCCUCUCAGGGUCCUCAUCCGUCAUCAUCGCAUCGGACCUCGUCGCAUCCCAUCGGAUCAGAUUGCUCGCCACCUUGCCGGCCCUGGCUCUCGGCUGCCGAGCCGCACAGCCCCCGAUUUGUCGGCUUGAUUGACGUGACGACGAUACUCGUUGCGCCAUCACAGUGCUCGACCGUCCUGCCCAGGACCCUUGCCGGUAGACAGCACCGAAACCCCGUUGAACAAAGUGCUGUAAAGGCGAGCAGUAGUCUUGCAUCCUUCCAGCUUGCACGCAGCGUCCGCGCUUUCUACACUCGUUGUUACCGUCGUCGCCUUGCCGGCGUCGAGGUGCUGUUUAGUACUUACCAUCUGGAAGAGCCCUGGAGGGGCCCCCCUAAGCCAAGACGCCCACCCCCGAAAAAAAAGCUAUCCACCCCCGAGACUCGAAGCGCAAUCCACCAGCCCCAACAUCAAAUCCACCCGCCUGGAGCACAUCAGAGAAGCGCACCCGACGACAACAGACCACCACACCAGCAGACACCACGCCGGCGCCCGCGCGCGCUCACACGCACACGCACACAGACACACGCUCGCUCGCUCGCACGCCCCGAAAAAAGCCACACCCCAAAACGCUGCCACCCAGCAGGUCUCCACCGCCCAGCCAGCCCAGUCGCCGCCGCGCUCGCUGCUGCUGGCUGCUUGUCAGAUUGCCCCGGCCGAUAGUAGUGAGUGACCUUAAUUCCACCCUGUCACCUGGGUCUGGUCGGCAACAGCAUCACACGACUGCCGCUGCACGCCGUCGACGAAUCCAUCAGCCUCUCUCCAUCCCUUGCUGCAUCGGGGGAGGCGUCCUUUUUGCAUCGAGGGCAAGGAGGCGCCAUGAACUCUACCACGGGGCGGGCCGGCGUCAUCCGCGCCCGUGAUGAUGCAGGCAACAUGGACAAGCUGGCCCAUGCCAUCCUCGACGAUGUCCUCUACAACGUCCUGUCCGACCUGGUCAUGAAGACGCAUCGCGAAGAGAAGACGGCCCGCGCCAACACGGCCGCCAUCCGCGUCGAAAAGCUCGCCAGCGACGCCUCGGACACCUCCGUCCCCGACGCAAAGCCCGACGUCCGCGUCGAAACCGACGCCGCCAUCUAUGAAGACGGCAAGGUCCUCCUCAAGGGAAACCCCCUCCAGACGACCCAAGACAUUCUCUGCCCCAAAUGCCACCUCCCACGGCUAUUAUACCCGACCGACGGCAAGGGCGCCCGGAAACCCGACCCGGCCGUCAUCUACUGCAAGAAGCACCCUUAUAUAGAUAAGCCCGGCUGCGACAUCUACGGUCAGAGCUGGGUCGCCCCGGGGCCCGGCCGCGGCAAGAAGAAGAAGGAUAUGGAGAAGAAGGACGGCACCGACUCGCCCGCCACUCCCGAACAGCGACCCCCCAACGUCCUCUCGUUCCCCUCGGCCACCUGCAGCAAGUGCAAGCGCUGCAUCCUCGUCACCCGACUCAACAACCACAUGGGCUCGUGCAUCGGCAAUAGCGGCCGCAACGCCAGUCGUGCCGCCGCGCAAAAGAUCAACAACGGAGGCUCACAGCACGACUCGACGCCGCCCUCGUCUCAAAAGGCCACACCCGCCCCAGCCUCCCGGGCCUCGAGCCCGCGGAAGCGCGAUGCCAGCGAUGACGACGGCGCCGACUCGGACAACAGCCACAAGAAGAAGAAGCUCAAGCCCUCGACCAGUAUGACAAAGAAGGUCAUCAUCAAGAGCAAACCGAUGCUGAAGAAGGAAAAGUCCAAGGGCGCCUCACAGCUGAGCCAAGAGCAGAAGCUCAACGACUCCGACACGCCACACCUGACCCCCCGCAAGGGCACACCCAAGCUGGCCCACAAGGACGGCAGCCCGUUAAAAAAGGUUAAGGCGGCCAAGCCCGUGACGAGUUCACCGGUGUCCAAGAACGGGCGGGAACCGGAUGGCGAGUCGGAAUCAUCAGGCACUUUGUCGUCGCCGCCCGGCAAAUGAGCCAAUGCCGAUGACGGCAAACGGCACGUACAUAGCAUACUGCCACGUCGGACUUCGCGGCAGAGUGCUUACCACCGAGAAACGGGCGCUCGACAUGGCUCCCAUGCGGGCUCGCCAAAUCUGUCACCUCGGUUGCGCAUCGCCGAGGUUUGGAUAUGAUUGACUGUGCGGCGCCCUCGACGCACAACUAUACCAUUAAAGUGCCGCACGUCGCUUCAUUUUUCCUUCCACCUUGUUCUCGCUCUUCGCGACUCAUGUACUAUUUUCCCCUCUUUUCUUUUUCUUUUACAACUCUGCAUUGGACGAGCGGCCGGGUUGGCUAAAGAGGGGCGACGGAGAGACAUAGCAUCCACGGACGGCAAACAGGGUCCACGGCGUCUGGAGUGUGAACGAGUCUUCUUUGUUGACGUGAUAACUUAUGACACCUGGUGAAUAGAACACCGAGGAUUUCCUCAGCCGCGUUGCAGAC